UUUAGCAACAGAAAGUGAUACGCAGAGAUAUAAUUUCGGGCUACCUCAUCAUUUUUAUCCCUUGUCUCGAAGCCUUAACAGAGGUUAAGCGGGAAGUUUGAGUAAAAGUUGGUUAUACAUAUCAACAAUGGAGGACAUUCCGAUCGCAAUGAGAGCCAAGCGCAAGCGUGGCCGCCCGCGCAAGGACAGCAACCUCUGCAGCGCAUCCACCUUACCCUCACCGGAGUACUCAACCCUCAUGAGAAACCACACCGCCAAUCAAUCCAUCUACCCGACUCCUCCGGCACCAGCAGCAGAUCCCGACAAGAACCCCACCAUCGCAGACGACCCCAUGGUGGGGUCCGCGGUCUACGGCGUGGUGGAGGGCUCCUUCGACGCCGGAUACCUCAUCUCCAUCCGAAUCGGCAACAGCCUCACCCCCUUCCGCGGCCUCGUCUUCCAGCCGCGAAACGUCGUCGCUUUGACCCCCUCAAACGACGUCGCUCCGCACGCCAAAAUGCACCAAAGAAGAGAAAUCCAAAUCCCUAUCCCCUUGCCCCCCCAAGCCCCCGCCAAUCCCGACGAAGGCAAAACCGCUUAUAACGUCGCCGGAAACCUGAGGAUGGUGGAGGAAGACGAAGUGAUGCAAGCCUUCGAGGUCUCCACGUCACCAGGCGGAGGAUCGAAGAGUAAUUUACCAAACAACGGCGAUUCGGGGGCAAAUCACGAAGCUCCGCCGCCGCUGCCGAAUCUGCAGAUGUGCCACGGCGGCGGCGUGGAAUUGUCGCAGGUGAGGCAGACGAAUCUGUUCCAGGAUGUGAAUUUCCAGGAGAAUAUGUUCAGCAAUCACCGGGAGAGUCCGAAUCUGAAGCUGGAUUUGGGAUUCGCGGCGCAGAAGGAGAAGCAGAUGGCGGAGGUAUACAAUUCGGUGCUGAGAGGGAUGAAAAACCCUAGCAUCGGAUUCCAUCAGGCGCUGGUGGCGGGGAAUCCGCUGCUGCUGCCGCCGGAUCUGAUAGGGGAGCCGCUGGAGUUCAUGAUGGAGAAGCCGAAGUCGCCGCCGAGCCCGCAGACGGAGGCGCAGUCGAGAAUGGUGGGGAGUGGGGAGGGGUUUGGCGGUGGGGAGGCGAUGAACAGCGCGACGUCGCCGGCGGGUGUGAACGCGAGGAUUGUUGAUAUGGAUUUCAUGAUCAUGCAGCAAACCCACACCAAUAAUUAA